CUGUGAUGUUCGUGCCAAAGACAACUCAGGCUGCUCUCAUGCCCACGCGUUGCUAUAUACGUUAGUCUUGACGAAUCCAAGAUGCGUUCGGAUAUUUAUCCAAGUCGAUAUUCUCUGAAAUCGAUUCCCCUUGCAGCCAGCACCAUCCGUAAACGAAUCCUGAUUCCGGAACGCUGUCAAGUUUCAAGUUUACCGUACUCCUUCCGGCGUUGUCCCGAUCCCAAUCGUUUGGCGUCUGCUAUAUGGUCAUGCUGGCGAAAAACACAAACAGGGAAGGCUGGUUUCUGUUUUUUGGCUUCAAAUUAUUGAAUCUUGAUCCUUGAUCACCAUGAAAGUAGCAGCCAUCCAAUCUGAACCCGCAUGGUUCAACCUCGAAGCUGGAGUUACGAAAGCGAUAUCUAUCAUCCAAGAAGCCGCCUCGAACGGUGCUCAACUCAUCGGGUUUCCAGAAGCCUAUAUCCCAGGUUAUCCGAUGCGGUUAUACGCGGAACCUUGGAAUCCUCUCUUCUUCAAGGAUUAUCUGAAAGCCUGCUUGGAUGUCAAAAGUCAAGAGUAUCAGAGAAUCUUGAGAGCUGUGAGGGAUGCUGGGAUUUGGGUUGUCCUGGGCUUCGUUGAACGUGAUGGGGAGAGCAUGUACGCUGCACAGAGUAUCAUCAGUUCGACGGGGAAGGUGGUCUUACAUCGGAGGAAGCUGAAAGCGACAAGUCAUGAACGUACAAUCUGGGGAGAUGCACCGGCUGAUUCUAUUAAAACCGCAACAAUAGGUCCCGAAGGGGCUGUUAUCGGAUGCUUGAACUGUUGGGAACACCUGCAACCCCUCCUCCGCUUCCAUCACUACUCACAAGGCGUUCAAAUUCACAUCGCCUCCUGGCCAUUCGGUUUCGACGCGGAAUCAGUCGCGGCCAAUGGAGCUCCGUCUCAGUUUUCGAGCGAUUUCCAAGUGACGGCGACGAGAUUUGCGGCUAUGGAGGGUCCGAUGUUUGCCAUUUCAAGUACGCAGAUGAUCAAGCCAAAUAAUGCCGGUAUAUGCGGAAUUGAGGGAACGCCGUUCUAUCCGAUUAAAGGGGGCGGUUUUGCAGCGAUAUACGGUCCCGACGGCAGACAAUUGACUCCUCCAGUCGACCCGGGAGAAGAAGCGAUCAUAUAUGCCGACAUUGACCUAGAUGAUCUGCAUAUGGCGAAGUUGAGCGUUGAUCCUGUGGGACACUACUCCCGACCGGACUUGUUAGCACUUCACCUUCCAACGCCAGCUGGAAAUCCGAACCCGUUGGUAAAGGAGAGUGGGAAAAAGAAUGAAGAGUAUACGUUGUUGGCGAGGGUUCCGCAGUUAUCUGAAUCUUGAGUGUUGUAACUAGAUGUUCCAUCCGGGGCACUUCGAAGACUGGAUCUUCCCUGCAAUACGCGACAGUUUGGGAAGAGAGUUCGAGCCGUCACCGUGUGGACAGCGAGGGGACCAGAGAGGCACCGGUUCCAUAGAGUGCUUCGUCAUGCGGAUGGUGGGUGGCAUUUUCAUGCAUAGAAAAUCGAGUCAGCACGAUGGCUGUGAGGUCCAGUAGUAAUAUUAUCCACCCAUUUCCCCAUUUAAGCUUUCUCGUUGACAAUCGACAUCCGUCAAAAUUCAACUUCAG